AUAAAUAUUUUGGUAUUGGUUUGGUGAUGUGAGUGUGGGUACUGAAUUCCAAAAACUGUGUCUGUGUUUGAAGGCACUUUGAUACGGCCACUUUCUCCGCCACAAAGAAAAUAGAAAAGCGUUUCCCUGUGUGUGUGUGUGUGUGUGUGAUCGGAAUUUGAAUUUCUCUGCGUCUGAACUCCGUCGAUCCGUCUCCAACAUGAGCAGUGGGGAACUCCUCAACAUCGAACCUCUCGAACUCAAGUUCCCCUUUGAACUGAAGAAGCAGAUCUCGUGUUCUCUUCAAUUGUCUAAUAAGACCGAUGCCUAUGUCGCCUUCAAGGUGAAAACAACCAAUCCGAAGAAGUAUUGUGUUCGUCCGAACACUGGAAUUGUCUUGCCGCGAUCUACAUGUGAUGUUAUGGUUACCAUGCAAGCACAAAAAGAGGCUCCGCCUGAUAUGCAAUGCAAGGAUAAGUUUCUUCUUCAGAGCGUAAAAACUGUUGAUGGUACCAGUCCGAAGGACAUCACUCCGGAAAUUUUCAACAAGGAGGCGGGACAUGUGGUUGAGGAGAGCAAAUUGAGAGUGCUGUAUGUUUCUCCUCCUCAACCACCAUCUCCAGUACCAGAAGGUUCCGAGGAAGGAUCCUCACCUAGAGGUUCUGUUUCGGAGAAUGGAAAUGCCAACGGUUCUGAGUUCACACAAGUUGCGAGAGGAUUUACUGAGCGACCUGAGGCUCAAGACAAAUCGGCAGAGGCUAGAGCUCUUAUCUCAAGACUGACUGAAGAAAAGAAUAAUGCACUUGAACAAAAUAGCAAGCUUCGCCAGGAACUGGAUCUACUGAAGCGGGAAGGCAACAAAAGUCGUGGUGGAGUAUCAUAUGUCAUUGUCGUAUUAAUUGGCUUACUUGGCAUAAUAAUGGGGUAUCUCUUGAAGAAGACCUAAGCAUUUCUGUGCUUCGAUUUGAUCGUAGUUUCUUUGUUCCUGACUUUCAAGCAAUUAUGAGGAAAGUUAAAAAUAGAGUAAUUCUGCAGAUGUUGAUUUUCUUUUUAUUUUUCCUGUUUCUUUCUUUUUUCUUUUUUUUUUUUGGGGGUGGAUAACAUUUUGGGAGUAGGAAACAUUAGGGAAGUUGUGGGUCUGUGGUUAGUCUGAUUGUGAACUGACUCAUACUUUCGGUAACAUGCAUUCUUUUUGUAACUUACCUUUUGUGGUUCAUCUAGUGACUAAAUGAUAAUGUCAAGUUGUCAACGAUAACCACGAAUAA